UACGUGUGCAGUAUCACGGAGUCGGUGAACAGCGAAACAACAGUCGCUCUAGAUUUAUUUGUCGCAUUUCAACGGUUGACCUUUACAGUGUCAAAUGGGUUACUAAACCACAAUAUUGCCCGGGAUUUUUUCGAAUUGAAAAGAGAUUUCGUUUGUUGUUCUAAAGAUAAACGAGACAAAAAAAAAUUCCUGAAUAAGUGAACCAGUCUAUGAUUUCAUUGUGAUUCAACGGAUCUUGUUCAAAGAAAAAUUAAGCCUCUUAUCAAAAAUACUCAUUAAUUACGCAUGUAACAUCAACAGUUUCUUAUCAUCGCUUGCUGUUGUAAACGGUUCACAAACUAAGACAAGUGUACUUGGACAUAAUCACAUCUGGAACUUCCGAACACAGUUGAAAACAUAACAAAAAAAAAACACUCAAAAUGGACAUUUUCAAAUCGAAGAGGUGCUUUGAUUGGAAAGUCACUGGCAUUGGAGUUAGUGUUGUGAGCAUUGCACUGACACUUGGAUUGGCUGCGUAUUUUGGUUUAUUUAUUCUGAAGAGAGAUGUGGUAGUAUUUUUCGUUGGGGUUUCGAUGCUGAUUCUGAAUUUAACCGUUUCCAUAUCGUGGCUGUUUGCUAUUUAUAAAAAAAAGCCUGGAUUGAUGCUAGUUAGUCUCUUUUGGUGGGCGGUGCCACUGAGUCUAUGGAUUGGUUUCGUAUUUUUCGUCCUAUUCAAAGGAGUUUCCGAUUAUUUUAAAUACAAAUCAUCACAUUUCCACAGGGAUCAAGGAAUAAUCUAUCCUGUGACAGUAUUUUUCAUCGCUUUUUAUUUCGCCGCCGUCUUAUCAUAUAACAACAUGAAGGAAGCAAUCAAAAAAAGUCGAUCUGAGAUCCCAAGAUUGGACGUGUCUUAUUCGGUGACAGCAACGGAAUGUAAAGAUGUAAUAAAUUUACGCAUUGAAGAAUAGUGAAAUGAAUGAAACAAGAAGAAAAAAACCAAAACUUUCUCUUACAAAUUUUGUUUGCGAUGAAUUUAACUGCAUUUUUUCAAAGCAACGAUUUUCUUGAACAAAAUUGCAGAUAAUCGAAUGAAAUAUGAAUUUUUUUAAUGAAUUUUUUAAGUGAAUAAAAAAAAAUUAAUUUGUAAACAGGAGUCAUUUCAGUGAAACUCAAGUGAGGAUAAACUAAUGGAAAUGUCUUUUCAUUGUAGUGAUUUUAUUUAACUGAUUUUUUUACAUCUGAAAAAUAUUAUUAUAGACAUUAGACAGCAUCAUUGAUAUUUCUAUAUAGAUAUAAGUGUUAAUCAUAAUCAAAUGAAAAUUUCUCAUUGAGGAAUUGAAGAAAAGCAGAAACUAACUAAUGGCUAAUAGCCUAUGAUGGAGAAAAGACCAAAAGAAAAAAGGAAUCUCUAUUGUAUGAAAUUUAUUUGCUAAUUUUAAUUAAAAUCAUUCAUUCCAUGAUUAAUGACGAGGCUGUUGAAUUGUAAGAAAAAAAGUCGAUAGAUUCUUUGAAUAAAAUCAUUCCACAUAAAUGAAUUGUAAUAAGAAACGUCAAAUGUGAUUAAAUGUUGAGUUCGUGUUAUA